UACCAGUACUUUUAAUCGAACAAACAAAUAAGCCAUUACCGGCUACGCCAUUUUGUUUCUGGUCACGUUGUUCAAAUUUCUGUAGCAAUAUGGCCCAUUUUGAACCUCCUGUUAUACAAGAAAAUGAAGAUGGCUGGGGUCCAUGUGCGGUUCCAAUUAAAUUCAAGGAUAUGCCUUAUCAGCCAUUCGCUAAAGGAGAUCGACUUGGAAAGGUGUCUGACUGGACUGGUGCUACAUACCAAGAUAAGAGACACUUAGGAAAAUACCAGUCCGCGUUUGGUGGUGGAGCCAGUCAGUAUGCAUACUACCACGAGGAAGACGAGAGUUCUUUCCAGCUGGUUGAUACACAAAAGAUACAGAAACCAGCCUACACACGUGGGCGCAGAAUGUUCCAACAGAACAAGCAGCGUCGUGAGCGUGAACGUAAACAACAGCUUGCGCAGGCCAACAACAUGCAGGUGCUGUCAAAGACACAGAAGAGCAGAGAACGGGAUCGUCAGCGGCUGUACAAGAAAUGGCAGAAACAGUUUGGGCGCUCCAUGCAGGAGAACAGACAGAAGAACCCAUUAAAGCACCGGGAAGCCUCAGUGACGGUGCGCCCUAACUGGGAGGUUGUGGAGGAGCUGGACUUCCCGCGUAUGUCCAAACUCACCCUGCCGGACAUUGCAGAGGGCGAGGACCUGCUGAAAUGUGGCAGCAUGGAGUAUUAUGAUAAGACGUACGACCGAGUGACAACGAAGAAUGAGAAACCCUUAAAGAGGAUCAACCGAAUCUUCCACAAAGUCACCACAACAGACGAUCCCAUGAUCAGACAGCUGGCCAAGUCUACGGGCAACGUGUUUGCCACAGAUGCCAUCCUGGCCACUCUGAUGUGCUGUACACGCUCAGUAUACUCCUGGGACAUCAUCGUGCAACGGGUCGGCAAAAAGCUUUUCUUUGACAAACGAGACGACUCAGAGUUUGACCUCCUUACAGUCAGCGAGACGGCCGUCGAGCCUCCCCAGGACGAUACGGGCAGCAUCAACUCACCACGGAAUCUUGCCCUGGAGGCCACCUUUAUCAACCAUAAUUUCUCUCAACAAGUCUUGAAAAUGGGGGAGGAGAAGUACGCGUUUGACAAGCCAAACCCUUUCAUCCAAGAAGACGAACAGAGUCAAGUGGCUUCUGUAGGUUACAGGUACGUGUUAAUUGUAUUUAGAAAACUGCUUAUAUGCACUGAACUAAUUUGUUUACAUGCAAAAAAGAUGACUAUUUCUACUGAGUGA